AUGCUGAAAUCACAAACUAGUAGUAGGAACAAUUCAGCUACUCAAAUAGAUCCCCUCGGGUCAAAUCAACUAGCAUCAUCUCGGCCGAUGGCUCCACCAAACCCAUUUGACAAUAAUCAAGUAUUAAUAUCUUCAAUAUUAUAUAAGAGAUCCCCGACAACAAGACAAUGGAAAAGGAAAUGGGUUGUAUUAAGACAAUGUCAAUUGAGUUAUUAUAAAGAUUCUCGUGAACAUAAAGCUGAUAAAGUAUAUAAUUAUCAUAAUUUAUUAUCAUUUAAUAUUAUACCUGAUAAUAAUCGAUUUCAUUUUGCUAUUUAUACCAAUAAAAAAAUCAUACAUUUUAAAGCAGAUAAUGAAGAUGUGUUUAAUUUUUGGAUAAAUGGGUUGGAAAAGUUUUUCCAAGAGAGGGAUAAUAAUGUUGGGGAGGGUACGGAAGAAGAGGGUGAAGCUGAUGAUGAGAAUGUUGAGGGGGAUGAAGAUGAUCAGGAACUGGAAAACGAAGAGAAUGAAACAGUACGGCAACAACAGCAACAAGAACAACAAGAGAAUGCACAAGUAGAACCCAAUGAGAACAAAGUAGACAAUACUUCCCCAAAUGACACGACUUUUCCUUCUGUUACCACCGCAACAACCAAACCUCAAGAUGGCUUUGCUUCAACUGCAGAAUAUUCUGGAGGAGAAGAUUUCAGUCUUUCAGAAGGAGGAGUCACCCCCGAUGUCCCACUCACACCCAUAAAAGUAAUACGAUCACCCAAGAUUGGAAAAUUACAAAUUCAACCAGAAGAAACUGAAGAAGAUCUAAAAAUCACUUCUCCAACAACACCAAUCCCCAAGGCAACCACGGAGGAUAAUAGUACGACUGUUCGAAAAACUUCUACAGCCUCGAUUCAAUCCAUACCGGAAUACAACAUCGAACAAGGAUAUGUCCAAUUAUUAAAACAUAAUAAAAUCUUCGAACAUCAAUGGAAACGAACUUGGUUAGUCCUAACGAAUAAACGAUUACUCUUUUAUAAAGAUAAAUCCAAACAAGAUGAUAAUAAUGUUCCAUUCAAGGUGUUUAAAGUGAAUGAUAUUCAUGAUGUAAUUGAAUUAGAUCCAUUAAGUAAGACUAAGUUAUGGUGUUUGUUGAUAAUCACCCCAUUGAAGAGGAUUAGAAUUAGUUGUGGGAAUGAAGAUGAUAUGGCGAAGUGGUUUAGUGGGUUGAAAGCUAUUAGUGUGGCAAAUAAACGAAAUUCGUUAGGUUAG